AUGGAUGGCAUUUCUCAAAAAGUUGACGCGGCGUUGGCGAAUCAACGACUCAUCAUUGACUGCCUGCGAAACAACGGCUUCUUGAACCGUCUUUCCAGUACCAGAUCGUCGGUCCCUGAAGCAGCUGGGCAGAAUCGGAUCAAUUUCAUUAUCCACCUGACGAAUCACAACACUAUGUUGGAAAUGUAUACAUGUUCACGGAAAAGAACUUACAAUUGCGGAACUCGAUGCUUUGAGGAACUUCGAGAAAAAGAGAGGGACAACAGUCUC